AUGGCUGAAGGUGAUUUAGAAGCCCCAACAGCCCUAAGGCCCCAGAACCCGAGAAAUUCAGGAGCCUCAGAGCUCCAGAUCCUCAGAGUCCCAAGAGCCCUAGAACCCCAAGUGCCCCAGAGCCCAAAAACCCCAGAGUCCCAGGAUCCCCAGUGCCCCACAGCCCCAAAACCUUUAGAGCCCGAAGGCCCCCAAAGCCCCAGAACCCCAGAAGCCACAAGGCCCCAGGGCUCCAAAGACCCAGGAGCCCUGCAGCCCAAGUGCCCCAGGAUCCCCAAGUCCAUAGAGCCCCAGAGCUUCAGAAGCCCCCAAACUUCAAAUCGAAAGUGCCCCAGGAGACCUAGUGUCCCAAGAACACCAGGAGCCCUAGAGCCCCAAGAGUCCCAAAGCCCAAGAUCACCAGAGUCCCCAGAGCUCUGGAGCCGCAGGACCCCCCCCAAAGCCAGAGCUCCAGAUCCCCAGAGCCCCAUGGGCCCUGGAGCCCCAAGAACUCCAGAAGCACCAGAGCCCUCAAGCCUCAGGAGCUCUGAGACCCAAGAGCCCCUGGUGCUCUAA